GCAGUGCUGAGCGAGUCAGAUUUGAGCUUGGCGAGCUGAGGGAGGACCUCUCGAGUUUCCCCUAUGGUCUGCAGCUUCAGUCGGCUCGCAUUGUUCAACGGGUACAUGUAAUUCUGUUUCUCUGUUGCUUCUUUUCUCUUCUUUUCGGUCUCUAGAAUAAGCUCCCUCAUUAUGGCUGACCCCUCCUCGUCUUCCGCUCCUUCAUCUCACCAAGAUGAAUCGGACUUCCUACCCAGCGAUACUUGGUGGAAUCGUUCCGUCAACUUCUUCCGCAUGGCCACCGGUCGCAUGUCCCCCGGAGGCGCGAAAAAGUACUGGACCGAUGCAGACGACCGAUAUAGCGCAUUCGAUUGCAAACGUUGCGAAGAGAGCCGGGACUAUCUGUUAAAAUACUCCCCAGUAAUCCGAUUCAUGAACGAGAACAUCCAGAAACUGGGCGGUGAACUGGGACCGCACAAUAUCCAUUGCAGGACGUGCAGAGGCGAGGAGGAGGCGAUGCAGGGUGGCUUUGAUCAUAAAUACGGGAUUAAGAUAUGUGCGAAUUACGUGCAGGAACGGUCUGUCAUGGAGGAUGUUCUGGCACACGAGAUGGUCCACGCAUAUGACCAUUUGCGGUUCAAGACGAAUUUGACCCUCGAAGAUGAUCUGAGACAUGCGGCGUGUUCAGAGAUUCGGGCCAGCAAUCUCAGUGGCGAAUGUCGGUGGGCCAACGAGUUCUUCCGCAACAAGAUCCUCUCUUUCACGAAUCACCACCAGGAUUGCGUUCGAAGAAGGGCAAUAAUCUCGGUCAUGGGUCGACCAAGUUGCAAAGACGACGUACAGGCAGUCAAAGUGGUCAAUGAGGUGUGGGACAGCUGUUUUCGGGAUACGAGACCGUUCGAUGAAAUAUACCGGUGACAUUGUUGUAAUACUCCAACAGGUUUGUUCAUGAAUCUUUCAGCAUGGCGUUGGAGGCAAACAUAGAAUCCAUCCUCAUCCAGCCAGAACCGGCAAACAAUGCACAUAAUGGACACCCAGAACCAACCAGACUCCGUUCUCCUCGGCAUGACUGAUUAUUCGCAUUUCGGCGCCGGCCACAUGUUCAAAUUUAGCGAUCUUUUCAUGAUUUAACAUUCCUUCUCGUCAAUUUUCAGUCCAUCCACCGUUUGAGGAACUUCUGCAUCGCUGCAUCAGUGGGCUGGCC